AUGAAACACGAAUAUUAUCCGAUCGAGACGCUUCCCUCCUGGAUAAAGCUCAACGGAGUCUCCGUCAACGGUAUCGCUUUCCGCAAAUUGCAAGCAGAUGAUGGAACCGACAAGGGGUCUGCAAUUGUUGGAACUGAGGUGAAACCUACCGGAAAUGCAGAGGGGAGUGAGGUAGAGCCGGAGGUACUUCUUCGAGUACCGACCGAUUUGGUACUGUCAUUUGAUUUUGUUGAGGAAUACUCCAAAUCGGAUAGACAACUCCGCGAGGUAUUAGAAGCUGUCGGGGACUUCGGAAGAACAGCCAGGGGCGCCAUAUUAAUCUUCCUUCUCGUCCAACUCACGCACUCUAGCCCAGAUUAUGCGAGUGAGCGGCAUCAGAUUGGACUAUCGAGCCCUUGGACCGAAUAUAUGAAGUACAUGCCGUCUGCUAUAUCUUUACCUACUUUUUAUAGUGAAGAGGAGCUGGAGCUUUUGCGCGGGUCCUCGUUGAGGUUGGCUGUGCAUGCGAAGAUUGCCUCUUUGGAGAAAGAAUUCGAACACCUGCGUCAAAGUACAGAGGGCUUAGACUGGUGUGAUAAGUAUUGGUGGGACGAGGAUACGGGGAAGCUGACGUUCAACGAUUGGAAAUAUGUCGAUGCAUUGUACCGGUCACGCAUGGUAGAUCUGCCUCGGCAUGGACAUGCAAUGGUUCCGUGUAUUGAUAUGGCAAACCAUGCGUCUGAGGGGACAGUCAAGGCGUUGUAUGACGAGGAUGCCGACGGGAAUGCUGUGUUGCAGCUGCGGGAGGGACGGAGCUUGCGGGCUGAUGAGGAGGUUACGAUCUCGUAUGGCGACGAAAAGUCUGCCUCAGAAUUGAUCUUCUCAUAUGGAUUCCUCGACGAGCAUACCACGGACGCAAAGCAGAUCUUCCUUGACCUGGACAUCCCAGAUGACGAUCCCUUGAAGAUAGCAAAGAAAGCAUUCUGCAAAGAUACACCAGGAGUCAAGAUAUUAGCUACUUCCCCCGACAGCUCAGAAACAGUCGCAGCAACAACCUGGGACAGCCCCAUCAUCUGGUGGGCAUGCGUAAACGAGGAGGACGGGCUGGACUUCAACGUUCUUCAAACCAACGACGGCGGCAGGGAACUUAAAGCCAUUUGGAACGGGCAAGAAGUGAGCGACCCCGGCUGUCUCAGGGACCUCCUAGCCGCAGAUCCCCGUUGGGAUAUCUACCAGCUUCGUGCGGCGGUGCUCAUCCUCGAGCGACUGGAGACCCAAUUCUUCGUGCUCCGCCAAACCGACAUGAUGAUUAGUGAGAUCCGCGAGAACGAAGACAUGCGUGCUGUUUUCGACCCGUAUGUGUUUCAGACAAUCUUAAGGUUACGAGAGCUGGAGUCCAAGCUUAUGGAACAGGCAAUCGAGGACCUCGUUAACCAGCGGGAAACUCUCAUGUCAAGCCCCGCAGUCAGCGCCUACCUGACGCAACAAUCAGGGGACAUCGAAGAGGAUUUCUCUUGA